AUUUCUCUUGUAUUGAAGUUUGGGUGUGAAUAUUCAACGUUCACCUGUUCUUCGGCUUGUCAUUCCAAACCGUAACCUGGUACGUGGAUACCUAAAUGUUAGGUGAGGUUGAUCUUUAAAAAUUAGUUUGUUGCAAAACAUUUAUAGCUUUUUUUGACCUCAAUUUUCUAUUUUGUGGGCAGCUGGCACGCAUGUUCAAGUUUGCGUACUUGUAUCCGAAGGCAAGUUAUGUCACAGUUCCAGAAAAAAUACCACCAAGGUCAAUAUUUAGAAGCGAUAAACUGAAAAUCUUAAAAAAAUUCGAGUACUCAAGAAAAAAGCGAUGAUUUACGAGGUUUUUUUUAAAGAUAUGACCUGUACUAUCUGCGUGAAUCAAUGACAAUUUGGCAUACAUUCCCCGAUAUAACUAAAUCUCAAUAAAGUCUCUUCUCGCUUUCAUUUCAGUAUACUGGGAAUUAAUAACUACUAGUACGGACAUAUAGCCAUCUAAAUUAGGCUCAUCUCGCUUGAAAAGGAAGUUGGGCUUUCUACAGCUAAAACAUAUUACUCUUCCACAGUAGUCGCCACACGCUACAGAUGGGAUAUAAAUACCAUGACCGAGUUAAAAGUUUCGACAGUCUUCUGUGUUUUUGGGUAGCUAAUUGAGUAACACUUUUUCAUCGCAUGAAUUUCAACACAGAAGUUUCUUGAAAUCAUUUUUCUUUAUCCCAGCGAUUUCGCCAAAUUUUCAAGUUUGCUUGAUUUUCAACAAUGUCAACGUUAUUUAGCAUGACGAUGUUUUACUGAAACACCUCAGUGUUAUGACGUUCAGUCGAAAGUUUCGAUUUACUCGUAUUCAGCUACGAUAUGGCUGAUAUUUUAUGGGGAAAGCACCUCGCGAAAACUCAAAUGAAGACAGGUCAACUUCAUAUGUAAUUCGUUUGGUUAUUCUUCAAAUGUAGAAGCCAGCAAACCUUUUUGGCUUGUCAUUUUCGAGACGAAACACCUGACGAUUAAUUUUUAACGAUAACAGUUGUUUUUCUUUCUUUUGAAUGUUUCGAAGAAAAACAUUAGAUGAAAAUCAAGUGUUGAUGAAAUAGUAGUCUUUCUAUCUUUUAAGUUUAAUGAUAAUGGCCAUUAUGAGCGCGGUUUUUGAUGAAGCAGCCCGGUUCAUGUAAAACUAGAAAAAUACCAAUGUUUUUUCUUACGACGAAGACAAUUCAGCUUUCUAUAUUUCUAACCAUGCAUCAAUCUUUGACUAGUCGGGCGUCUUUCCAGGCCUUCUCGGUCAAUGCAUUUCAAACACACGCUCGGACCACGUGACUCAAAACGCAUGAUCCUCGCAGAAUAAUGAGGCCUAGGGAGCAGGCAACAUAGCCUGUGUACAGACCCCGCCCCCUCCCCUCAGGAAAAAUCGUCGAAGGGACCCCAGUAGGCUUGACUCCAGAUACCUCGAACCCUCGAGCUAAUUCGAACCGAAGUCGGUUUCCCUUGGAUUUCCUUAUUCAUACAUUUACUGUAGUUUUCUUCAGCAUAUUCGUUUGCGGUCUUUUGUAGUCCUUUGUGGUUAAUCUUUGUAAUUUUACCCUCGACCCUCGGCAACUCGAACUCCCCCGCUCCAUCGGUAACUCGUAACUCGAACCUUCCUCUAACUCGAAGUAAUUUUUUUGUUUCCCUUCAGAUCAUUUCUAUAUAAUUUUACCCUCGAUAACUCGAACCAUGUUGUGACAAGUUGGGAAAAACGAACAGCGUACUGAAGUCUAAAACACUAAAUUUAUUAAUAAAUAACAGUGUCAAUUCUUUGUCUUUGCCUUUGUGUCCUUCCAGUUCAAAUUAAGUGUCCAUCUCUGUUUCAAGCUUAGAGGCUUAUUUUUUGGUUUCAAAAUAUCAGUCUUCGUCUUUUGCUGCCCUUAAAGUGAAGUGUGCAUAAUACUUGCAUUCCCUCCCCAUCCAUUUGCCUUAUUUCAAGUUCUGAAUGUUCAUGGGUGUUUAUAAGGGAACUUUAUACACUUGUCGAUUACUGACAAAGUAUCUGUCACAUUUUUGUGCCUUUAAGACUCAUGAUUUGUUGGGAAGUUAAAAGUAUUUCCACACGACCUAGGACCAGGUGAAGAAAAGUUUUUUCGGUCCCUAUAUGGUAGCCUUAAGGAAAAUUAAUCUCACUUUUAAUUAAUUACAGCUAAGUCAAAGACAGUUCGUUUCUGUGUUUCACAUUUGAACUGACUUUGUUAUGGUCCACAGGGGCAGAUCCAGGAUUUUUCUUAGGAGGGGGUGCACCAGUAACUGACUGAUGACGUAAAAAAAUUUAAAAGCGAAUAGGAAGAAGAGGGCUUUUGACUAGGAAAUAACAUAAUGUGAACUGCUGAGAAUACAGAUCAAACGAUAGAGCAGAUUUUGUAUGUCUGUGAAGCGACUGCACAGUGUUAAUUAGAAAGCGGUCUCAGGUCAUCCGGGGGGGGGGGGUGCGCACCCCCUGCACCCUCCCCCUAGAUCCGCCCCUGGUCCAUGGUAGAUAUAGACAACAAAUAUUAACUGAAAGUUACAGCUCGUGCAUUUAGCUUCGAUUGAUAUAACUGUCUUUUUCUAUUUCAGAGGAUCGCUUACCCAAGGUUUUGCAAAACAAAUCGGAGCACAAACUCCACAAAGUUAUUCCUUUUCAUAACAACACAAUAACAACAACACGCUAGGACAAGCAAAAGAAUACAACACUGAACAAUUCGGCGAGACACCAGGUCGCGAUCACAAUAGAUAUGGGCAACAGAAAAACAAAACUAAAGAAAGAGGAACUGGAUGACUUGUUGGAAUGUACUCAUUUCUCGAAAAAGGAAAUCGAGGACUGGUACAAAGGAUUCAUGAAAAGCUGUCCGGAUGGAUCUGUUUCGUGCGCUGAUUUUCAAGACAUGUAUUCAGAUUUUUUCGAAGGCGACGCGUCCGAAUUUGCAAACCACGUUUUCCGUACUUUUGACGCGGACAAGAGCGGCUUCAUCGACUUUAAAGAGUUCAUGUCCUCGCUGUCAAUCACGUCACGAGGAAACUUGGAAGAAAAACUGGAAUGGGCCUUCAAGAUUUACGAUGUCGAUGGCGAUGGGUUCGUUACCAAAUCGGAAAUGGAAGACAUCAUAAGAUCAGUGUAUAAAAUGUAUAAUAACAGCCGUCUUGGAAAGAAGGAAACUCCACAGCAACGCACAACUAGAAUUUUUGAAAAAUUUGACGCUAACAGAGAUGGUAAACUAACGAUGGAGGAGUUUAAGUCUGGAGCAAGAAGUGACCCGUUUUUGGUAUUGAUGAUGCAAUACAAGUCCCUGCACACUGAUCGAAAAGAUUCCGAUUGUUCCGUGUCCUCUGACAAAAGCAGUUAUUAA